AUGCUGGCUCAGACUUCCCUCCUCGCCCUGGCGGCGCUUCUCCCUUUCUCACUCGCUCAGAUCUCGGACGGGUUCGAGAAUGGCUGGAAUAACAACACCUGGCCUAUCUACGCUCCCGACUGCAACCAGGGCGGUACCGUCACGCUUGACAGCACCGUUGCCCACAGCGGCAAGAACUCGCUCAAGGUCACUGGUGGCUCGAGCGGCUACUGCGGACACAUUUUCUUUGGAACCACGGCUGUCCCGACUGGCAAUGUCUUUGUCAGGGCGUGGAUGCGCCACACCCUUGCUCUCGGCUCUAACCACGUUACAUUCAUUGUGAUGCCCGACACGGGUCUUGCCGGCAAGCAUCUCCGCCUUAGUGGCCAAGAACAGAUCUUCGAGUACAACCGCGAGUCAGACGAUGCCACUCUCCCCGACCUUUCGCCCAACGGCGUUGCCUCGUCGACAGGCUUCCCCACCGCCACAUGGGAGUGCGUCGAGUACAACCUUAAGAGCGACGGCACGAUCGAGACCUGGGUCAACGACCAGCUCAUCAGCGGUCUUACAGUCGGCCCCGGCUUCACCAACCCGAACUCCAAUGGUUGGGGCAGCGCAUACAAGCCCGCCAUCACCGGUGUCUACUUCGGCUGGGAAUCCUACGCCGGCAGCGUCGACACUGUCUGGUACGACGACAUCGCCAUUGCUUCCUCCCGUAUUGGUUGCUCCGCCACUGGUGGCAGCUCCGCCACUCCUGUCGGCCCUGCUUCAUCGACGGGCACACCUAAGACUACUGCGCCGGCGAGCAGCUCGACGCCAGUGACUUCUGUCAAGCCAACCACCACAUCUAGCCCAGCCACAUCGUCCAAGCCAACCACCUCGGCGGCACCGACAUCAAGCGUCCCGGCUAAUUGCCAGGUCGUCUAUGUUGAUGUGUAG